AGAGGGAUUAACCCUGUAAAGUGGGAAAAAAAACAAAAGGAAAUUUCUUCUAACAACCGGUUGUCCGAACUGCUUAACUACUUAACAACCGGUUCUACCGAACUGGUGCGAACCGGUAAAAUCCCACCACUGGCCUAGAGCUACCCAAAGUGAGUAGGCGGCCGUAUAAAUUCCCUAAAUAAAUAAAUAAAAUGUUUCUUUUAGUUCUGGAAAAUUAAAAUAUCAGGGAACGGAAAGGCUGGCCUUGAUGCUUAGAAAUUCCCCCCUCUUUUUUCUUUUCUUUUCUUUGGUCUUCUCCUGCAUGUUUUUAUUUUAUUUUAUUUUGCCUGGGACCAAGGAGGAAAAAAUUCAUCUUUUUCUCAUUGAGAUGAUGCCCUGUGUGUUCUAUUCCAAGCACUUCUUAAAACGUUUUUGCAAACUGUCUGGAGAGGAAGCCCUUAUCUGAUCAAAACUCAAACUUCUCCUGAAUAGCAAGACCGGAACAAGAUCCGUCCACCAUGCCUGAGGUUAGAGAGCUCACCGAUGCUUUGGCCAACCUGCCUAUGGAUCCCAUCACCGGCGUUGGCGUCGUAGCCUCCCGGAGCCGAGCCCCAACCAAUUACGACGUGGUCGCACAAACGGCAGAUGGUUUAGAUGCUGAUCUUUGGAAAGAUGGCUUGUUCAAAUCCAAGGUCACACGAUAUUUGUGCUUCACGCGGACUUUCUCCAAAGAGAACAGUCACUUAGGUAAUGUCUUGGUUGACAUGAAACUCAUAGACAUAAAAGAUACUUUGGCCGUUGGCUUCAUCCCGAUUCAAGAAACUAUGGAUACACAAGAAACUGCUUUUCGGAAAAAGAGGUUGUGCAUUAAAUUUAUUCCUCGGGAUUCUACAGAGGCCGCCAUUUGUGAUAUCCGGAUCCUUGGCCGAAGCAAACAAACUCUUCCACAGUAUACGUACAUUGGGGAGUUGAACAGCAUGGGGAUCUGGUAUCGGAUGGGGAAGGUCCCUCGAAACCAUGAAUCAUCACAGCCUACCACACCUUCUCCACAAGCACCAGCCACAACACCAGCUGCCAACCUUCCCAGACACAUAUCCUUGACGCUGCCCGCCAGUUUCCGAGGAAAGGGGCACAGCACUCGACCAGAUUUUGAAUAUCAGCACUCCAAUUUAUAUGCCAUUUCAGCGAUGGAAGGUGUGCCUUUUAUGAUCUCAGAGAAGUUCGCCUGUGCUUCCGAAGGGAUGCAGCCUGUUGACCUCCUGGGAAUCACAAUUAAAUCUUUGGCUGAAAUUGAGAAAGAAUACGACUACAGUUUCCGGACGGAGCAGAGCGCUGCGGCCAGACUGCCUCCCAGCCCUUCCAGAUGCCAGCAGCAUCCAUCUUCCUGAAGUAAUUCCUUGGAGUAUAAUGCACACACGUACUACUGAGAAGCAAAAGGAUUUUCCUCCUCCUCCUCCUCCUCCUCCUCCUCCUCCUCCUCCUCCUCCUCCUCCUCCUCCUCUCCUCGCUUUGUAACCUUUUCUCCCCAACCCUUCCCGUCCCUGACAAGCAGUAUUAAUGGAGGCCCUUCCAGCAAAAGACACACACAAGAAGCCUUGAUUUUUGGUUCUUCCCCCUCUGCAUCGCUUCCCUCCCCGCCCCACUCCUCCUUUAUUCAAAAUAACUGGAUAGCAUUUCUUUCCCUCCCCCCCCCUUUUUUUUUUUAUACCAACUUGUCCUCGCUGGUUUGCAAAUCUUGACUCAGUUCCUUGAGUCCGUUCGGACAACAGCCCUAACUCUGAAGAUUCCCCCGGGAUCAGCGCUCCCCCCCUCCACAUCUCCCAACCCACGUGACUGAAGAGACCUAGAUUUCCAUGGGGGGGGGGACUUCUGUCUGUCCGCGUUUAUUUAUUGUGGUUUUUUUGUGGGCGAGGUUUGAUCAUUGGUUUCCCUCUGAAGAGCUGCUCCAACUCAGCUGAGGUGUUCUUCUACUAAACUCGGGUAGAUUUUUCUUAAACCAGAAGCAGAUCCUUUUGUAGCUGUUGUCCGUCACACCCGGCUGGGUUUUAUCUGGCGUUCCUCAGCUGAUCGAGAGGAAGCCACCCUGUAUCUCGCCACUGGUGUCACUUUUCUUCGGCACUGGUUUCUAAAAGGGUUUUCGUGUUGCUUUUACCGUGCAACACGCGCCAUCCUUUGUGGUUGGAAGCAGCUUAAAAUGCAACUGCCUGAACUGGACGUCUGAUUUUUCGUUUUGGAAAUUCUCUUCUCCGAAUCCUUUCCCCCCGAGUUGAUGAUCUUUUUUCAUCGGUGGGCAACUUCAUUUCUGAGCCUUUAAAAAAAAACAAAAAACUGACCAACCAACCAACGUGAUUUUAUAUCUGAUCUUUUUUGCAAAAAAGAGUUUCGUCCAGGACCUGGUUCUGGAAGGUCUAAGAAAUCUCCAGUGGCUUUCUGCAAAAAGCUUUGAAUCCUUCCUUCCUAUUUUAAAGAGUUCAAUCUAGCAACCUGUCCAUCUAAUUGGGCUGCUUAAGGUGAAACUAGACCACUUCUUCUGGAGAAUCUUGGAAGAAAGAAACCAAGACAUCGAUCCGUAAUGAGGCCAGUCUAAUGUGAGCUCCAGCCCAUGACUCCAGAAUAUACACCCCGAUGUCACUGAAGUGUAAAUUAUUUGGGGAAACCUGUGUGAAGUUCUGUGCUGCUUUUUUUUGUGCGUGUGUGUGUGUGUGUAUGUGAUAUUGGUGCCAGAGAACAAAUGCUGUGUUACACAGACAAAAGAAAAAGAACAGAUCCUUUCUUCCCCUUUUCAAUGAUUUCUUUGAUUUAAAAACAAAAAACAAAACCCACUGGUGGAAAGGUUCCAUCAUGUUGCAUGUAAAUAAAUACUAAUUUCUCUAACGGUAUUAAAAUGCAAUUGCCUUGGUUAUGGACCUCAACUGCUCCUGGGGUUAGUUUAGCUUAUUCUGGAGUAGUUUAUUCAUCGCAAAGAGGGAUAGUUGUACCGCAUAAAAUGGAUAUGCCUUUCCCGAUCCUUCCUUCCAGAAGUUUAUAAAUUGCAUUUUUCAAGAAAAAGCAAACCUAGAUUUCUGUUUUAAAAAAAAUUGUUUGGAUGAUGGCUCUGCAGCUGUUCAACCUUUCUGCCUUUUCUCUUAGCAAUUUAUGCCAUGAUUUCUUUUGCCAAAGCUUUUUCAGUUCUCACAGUAUCGUUGCCAACCACCAAACUGCCUUUCUCUGCUCCCCCAAGCAGAGAAAAUUCAUGAAGGCAUUCAAUAAGUAAGGGGCCCCAGCAGAGAAGACCCUGCUUUUAGGCAGUUCCUGAAGGUAUUUUGGAAACCAACACUUGAGACAACGAUUUGAUCUUGGAUAAGUCUCAAAGUGAGGCAUUAGGAAAAACAGAUCUGAGAUUUAAGUAUUUUCCGGUUAAAAGGAUGGAAAGAAAAGCUAAUUUGAUGACCGGAAUAUGUGAAUUGAAUCCGGUUGAGGAAUUUGACCAAGUUUGAAAAGCCAGGCCGGAUAAAAGUCAUUUGGAAAGCCUUUAUUUCAUAAUCUAGAUUGCUAAAACGUCUUUCUCUUUGGAUCCUGGAAGGUGCGUGGAAGCAGUUCAGGCCAGCAUAGUUUUUUUUUUUAUAUCCCCUCAAUCAGAACUUCUUAAUUUCUGUGCCUCCAAAACCUUGGAAAGGAAUUCUCAGCAAGAACCUGUGUUUGGAGUGGUCCCGAUAUCCCACCUCCGUAUCCGUCUUUCUCAACAGCUGUGUGAAGGAGAGACCUUGGCCUAGUUCAUUUCUUCUGAAUUAUUCUGUCUCGCCGGAUGGGUUUCCUUCCAUAAGGAGGAGGCCAUCGGAUAGCAAAGAGAUUUCCUUGCCUCCAAAUUUUGGAGAAGUACCACUGGGUAAAUUGAAAGGAGUCUGAAUCCCUCGGGAUUCAAAGCAAUUCCCCUGGGUGCUUAAGAAAGGGGAGGAAGUCGCCGUCAGCCAUUGCAUGGACUCCCAAGUGGAAAGUGGCCAGAGGUUGCUUCCUGUAAGAUGGAGAGGAAAAAAAAUUAACCCAACCAAUGCACCAGGAUGUAAAAGGAACUAAAAUGGCACCUUCUAUGUUUCAAUGCUCCGAAGAGCCAACGAAGCAGCUUUUGAAUUCAAGGUUACAGUUGUCCUUGUUUGCAAUUGGUAUCUUUUCAAUAUUCUGCUGCAGGUUUUGAAUUCUCUCCCCUUCAAUUUGGUGAGAAGACUGUGACAAACGAGGCAUGUUCCAUCAAGUUCCGGUGAAGUUCUAAAGUUCCUGUCAGGUUCCAUCCAACCUUUCCCGAUGGACAGAAUGCAAUUUAAUUUUUUUUUCUUUAUUUUCUUUACAGAGGAAUGCUUAAGUACAAAACGUACCAGAGUUAUCACUGCAUCCUCUUUAAAAAUAUAAAUACACAAGACUGCCACAAAUGAUUCCCAGAUGGUUUUUCUCACGGCCGUUACCAUGAAACUUUUAAUUCUUCUAUAACUUCAGCCCUUUUAACAUGGUAUUUGGCCUCCCAACCAUACCGAUAGACCGGUGUUUUAUUUCUGUGUUUGGGAUGUAUACAUAUAAUGCCAGUCCUGUAGCAUUUUACACUGUUCCCACCUCUUUUCCAUAUAUUUCUCUUUAGAUAAAUGCAGAUAACGCGCUUCUCAUUUCCAGGCAGAGAUUGGUAGAAUCAGACAGAACUAAAAACCAACUUCAGAGGAAAGGUUUCGCUCGCCUCUCUCCACCCUAUGAAAGGAAGGCGAAGUUUUUACACAGGAUCAUUGCUUCUGCUCCCAGUCAGACAUGGUGUAAGGCAGGAAGCAGAAUUGGUAGGUGUCAAAUUAACUAGGACAAAUUUGAUUCGGAGUUCAGAUGGGGGGGAAAGGGGGAAGUGAGAUUAGAGAACUCAUCCUUCUUCUCUUCAUACUGGAAAAAUUAUCUACAUCUCUCUUUUUUUUAUUCCCCCAAUGUUUGGUCUUACAACGAGGGAGUUUCUGUUGCUCUUAACAGCAUUUUUGAUGGGUUUUGUUGACUUUCCAAGUUUGUCUCUUUUGGACCAACUCUGCUUGUCCUUCCUUAGCCGUUGGCUAGAGUUGACAGAAUGUGAAGAGUUUGAAGGCCAUCAAUGAGUGGGAAGACGCAGGUUCACUUCUACUUCCUCCUAGUAGAGGCUGCUGGUGUGGUGUUGUUUUGACAACCCGACACAGAAGAACUUUUCUUUCAAGCAGGGUAAUCUUUCCCGGCAUAGACUUUGUCCAGGACAAAGCAGUUGCGCAUCACAGGCAACAAUUUGCAUGCGUAGGGAAUGUCUUUGUUGACUUCCCCACACAAUCCCAUCUCAUCAAUGGAUGCAACUUGUAUACUGUGUUAUUCCGUUCAUCACCACUGGGGGGAGACAAAGGAUUCGUAGAUCUUUUCUUGAUUCCCUGUUUGUGCAGUUUUUGUCCGGUUUUAUAUUCACACAGAUGGAAUAUAUGUGUGAAAACACACACACACACAUACACACAUACAUGGUUGGGAGUCUACGUUGCACAAAUGAAACAUGGGUGUGUUGUUUUCUGUCCCUUCCCCUAAAACAGAACAAAAACAGUGUUAACAGUGUUAACUUGGGGAUUGGGGAAAUUAAUUGAUUGGAGAAUCAGUUUGGGUGAAAAAAAAUCAAAGAAGAUUGGGAAAAUUGGUGAGACUCCCUAAAAUGGGUGUUUUAAGAGAGUGGCUAAUGGGCUAACCCAUACCCACUGGACAAAUUUAGGGCGGCCGGUUGGUUCAAAAUAGGUUAAGUUUGUUGUGUAUUUGUGUGUGUGUGUGUGUGAGGUGGAUUAAGUAUUUGUUGUGUGAAAUUAUAUUUUGAAAGAGGGGGUUGUUUAGGUUAAAGGCCCCGUAGCUUUUUGCCUUUUGACGAAAUAAAUGGGCUCCUUUGAGGUCACGGAAAUGAAAUGCAUGGAUUAAAACAUCCUUUUCUGAGCUCUUC